UGCCCACGUAAAAUUGGAUAGAGCACACUUUUGCAAUCAAGCUGUCAACCUUGUUGCCACACAAAGAUUCUGAUGUGUCAUGAUAAAUCAUUUAGCUGCUGCACAGCCAAUUGUCAGGCUUCAAGGUUUGACCCCUUUAGUCACAGCAGCCACAUUUACAAACAAAUAGUGAUUAAAUGAGGCCCCAAUCAAUAUAGCAGCUGUUUUAUGAUAAUUUAAAUUCAAGUGUUUUAGGUGUUGCCAAAUGAUUUUGGUUCCUUUCAAAGAGAGAGACAGAAAUAUUUGAGACCUGUGGACAAUACAGUGAACAAAGAAACUAAACUACACUGUAAGGACAUGGAUCUUCGUCUGACACUCCUGUUGAUCUGUCUCUGCAGAGAAGGAGUCACUAACGGUGAGGCUGGAGAGGAUGAGGCAAUCCCUUUGGUGCCUCUUAUUCCUUUGAUGCCCAGCCACCCCAAAGAGAAAAUAAAUGUAAGUACACCACAGCCAACAAAUGCGGGUAGCACACAGGUUCCCCCAGCUGCAACAGCCGUGACUAAUAAGCCCAAUGGGGCCUCAUCAGAGGAAGAGCAAGAUGGGGGUUGUGUGUCUGUGGGUGGCAGCCUGCAGUCCAGGGAGGCCGUGGCCAGCGCCGUCCAGAAACUGGGCCUGCAGCUUCUGCAGAACCUGGAGACGACGCCAGAGCAGCCUAAUGUGAUCAUAUCUCCUUUCAGCAUAGCAUUAGCUCUCUCCCAGCUGGCCCUGGGGGCAGCAAAUGAGACGGAGGAGCUGCUGAUGCAUCAUCUCCAUGCGAGCACUUUACCUUGCUACCACGAGUCCCUGCAUAACGUCUUAGAGCAGCUCAGAAACAACAAUCUGCAGAUUGCCACACGCAUCUUCCUGAGCCAAGGAUUCGAGCCAAAGCAAGACUUUGUCCAUGAGUCCCAGCGGUAUUAUGACUCAGAGCCAGUGGCCUUGGAAGGCCUGGAACAGAUAAAUGACUGGGUAGAGAAGGCAACAAAUGGAAAGAUCACUGACUUCCUGUCUUCAUUACCACCCAAUUUGCUCCUCAUGCUCAUUAAUGCUGUCCAUUUCAAAGGAGAAUGGAAAGCUCGAUUUGACCCACGCUUCACCUCUAGAGGUGUGUUCUACAUCGAUGACAAGCACAUGGUUGAUGUUGAAAUGAUGGAAGAUGCCAAACAUCCGUUGAGUUUAUACAUUGAUAAUGACCUGGAAGCUCAGGUAGCGUCCUUCCCAUUCCAGAAGUCCAUGAGUUUACUAGUAGUCAUGCCUAUGUCUGGCCGGGUGAACGUGUCAUCACUUGCUGCAAAGCUUAAUAUCUCAGACCUUUAUGAUCGUCUGCCCAAGGAAAGAGCCGUUCAAGUUAAAGUCCCCAAAUUCAAAUUGGAAUAUACUCAAGAGCUACAGGAAGUUUUCACCAAACUUGGCCUAGGAGAGAUGUUUCUUCAUCCCAACCUGGCUGACAUAGCAGACGGCCCCCUGUUGGUAUCCAGUGUGAUGCAUAAGUCCAGCAUGGAGAUAAAUGAGGAAGGUGCAGAGGCUGCUGCAGCAACAACCGUGGUCAUUUCAAGGGCAUCCAACCCUGUUUUCCAUCUCAUCCAACCCUUCCUCCUUGCUCUUAUGGAUGAUUUGACCCAAGUGCCAAUCUUUAUGGGUGUCAUCAACAACCCUAACCCUGAAGCGCCUAUCUUGCAGAGAGGAGAACUUGGUAGUAAAGAUAAAGUAGAAUUUCCACUUGACAAGACAUAUGUAGGUUCCUUUGGUGGCCCGCCUAAGUAGGAACUAUCACCUACACAGCUGUCCCACGAAAAUCCAGACGAGGAGCUCGUGAUUGCACACAUUUAACUUGCAGUAUACAGAUAGCUGGGUCAUAAUGUGUGUUAAAACCGAUGAUACAUUUUCCCUUGUUUUGUUACAAAAUAAAUAAGGAGCCCAGUAUGUCAUAUAAGUCUUACAUUCUUAAGAAAUGUCAUUGUUUUGCCGCUGAAGAAGACAUAUCCUGGUGAUGCAACUCAUAGUCAAAACAAAUAUUAAAUUGCAGUUUAAUAAAUUGGUUUGUAGUCACUGUAGAAUUGCAAUUUCUUUUUUUACAACAAUAAAAUCAAUGAUGUGAUAAUUCUCAA